AAGACACUUGUCUUGAUGAGAGCCAGAACACAGACGAUCUGAAGCAGCGUCACACUCUUCUGCUGGGAUUGAGUUCUUCUGAAGCUGGACUUUAGAGAAAUGAUGCUCAUCUUUGGACUGAUGCUGCUGCUGCUGCAGACUGCUGCAUGUCUGGAGUUAAACUGCAGUUUUGAUCAGUCUGAUCCCUGUUACACAGCUCUGGGACACAAACUCAAUCUGCUGAUGGUCCUGGACACUAGUGAUUAUGACCUGAAGUUAAUAAAGAGAAUAAACAACAACACAGCAGAUGAUCCAGUUUGUAGAGUGAAGAAUGGCAGGAUGAAGAAAUGUGAUCUUUAUAAUAACAGACCUGAAGUGACAGUCAUUAAUGGGACUGUGAUAAUAAACUGUGUGAUCAGAGCAGAUUCAGGGAAUUACAGAUUAACACUCUCUGACUCAGGCGGCUCAGAAACAUCUAGAGAUCUUCAAGUGAUUGUUGAAGCUCCUAUUGGCUCAGUGGAAGUGUCAUUCAACUGCUCCUCCAGUGGGGUGAUGAGGGUGUCCUGCUCCUCUGAGGGGGAUCAGCUCCUCUACAGCUGGACUCUGAAUGGAGAUCCACUGGUGGAUGGAAACAGCAGCAUUGAUCUGGAUGAGGGAACUGAUGGAGACAUCAGCUGCAGCGUGAAGAACCACGUCAGUCACGCACAGAACACCAUUAGACUCAAACCCUGUCCUGGGCCAAAGACUGCAGCUGUGACUUCUAGUUUGACCUCUAGUGUGACCUCUAAUGUGACCUCUGCAGUAACCAACAGCUCACAGGCAUCAGAAAAUGUUUUGCUCUAUAUGAUUGCUUUUGGCUGCGUUGCUCUGAUCCCAAUUCUGCUGUUCAUCAUCAUAUGUUACGUUUACAAGAAAAAACAUCUGAAGUCAACACCAGCCGCUGCUGGAGAUACGGAGCUCAUAUACGCUAAUAUACCUAAGAGAAAGGAUGAAAAGAAGACAACAGAAUCGCUGCCAGCUGCUGAAGAGGAAUACGCCACAGUCCGACCGCAGACAAAGAGGAAGAAGAAGAAGGUGGAGGAAGAGGAGAUCCAGAACGGCGAGGUGACGUUCACUCCGAACCACUCAGUCGCUCCAAAGCAGCAUCAGGAGGAGUGUGUUUAUGCGCAGGCACAAAGACGCUAGUCUCACAAUAACAAGAUCGCACUUUACCUGGACCACCAAGUGCUUUUUUCACUUAUGUUCAAUAACUCAAUGAUCACGAAAACAGCAGAUUUUGAAUCAAUAAAACAUUUCAAAGCAGCUGAAGUUCAAAAGUCACAGAGAACCUGAGCUUGCUAGACUGAGUUCUAGAGGAUAGUGAAGAGAGUAUAACAGUGAUAUGAGAGAGUUAAAACGAGGGGUUAAAACAGUUCAAAUAUCUGCAUUCUUCUGUCUGGAGUGAGUUGAAGCAGUCACGUGUUUUUAACGUUUACAGCAGGGUCAGAAAUUAACAGGGGAUUGCGCUGGUGAAUUUCCUCAUCAUAAACAACACUGUGCAGAAAUGAUGUACAUUAAAGAUUCAUUUUGUGGCUUUGGUGAAAUAACGGGAGUUUUGUGUCUGGGUUUCCCCAGAACCUAGACACAAAACACAAAAAAGUUUAAUGUUUUCAUUAUUCAGCAUUAAUAAUCAUUAUUACAAUACCAAGAGCAAUGAUAUAUUUAAAAUGUUGUCAUAAUAUUGCAGCCAUAUUGGCUCCUGUUUUUAAACGUGUAAUUUAGAUACAAGUUUAAACAUUCAACUGUUAUUGGCAACAGUUUCAAGUAUUUUAGUUGAUUGAAGUAAUUGGUUAAAUUAAAGCAUUUAUCAUUGAAGGCAACACAGAUACAAUUAUUAAGGUGGUGACAAAAAUUGACCUCAUAAAUGUUUUCCUAAAUGGAAAAGUUAAUUUCUGACCUGGUUUACUGGUACUUCUGUUUACAGAUAAAUAUCGCAUUAAUAAUGUCUUCAAUUUCAUUCCUCAAAUACUGGAAAAGAUCUGAGAAAGGCCUGAUAAUGUCUAAGGGUUUGCACACAUAAUUGCUUAAAGUACUGUAGUGUUGGUUAUAAAUUGUAUUUGUUUCUACUAGCCAAACAGUUUAGGGUUCAAUUUCCAGAUAAAAAAAAGGGCGAAAAAUAUAAAUGCAUUCAAAACAGUUAAAUCUUUAUUGCUUUUAAUGAAAAUUAGUGUUAUUUUUUUUUUUUUAUAAUAAUUAAUUU